AUGGAGACGAAACGUCAGGAAAUCUCACAACCCCUGAAACAAGUAAUUGUGGAACUUUACUUAAACGGAGAAAAAAUGUCAGCUAUUGCAAGAAGUGUCAAUAGGUCUCUGGCUUCAGUGUACCGUAUUGUACGUAAAUAUGAAGACACAGGAUUAGUGGAGAAUUUGCCAAGAUCGGGUCUGCCUCGUUCUAUCGACGAUCGGGACUAUCGGAGGCUCCAGGGGAUUGUUAAUAGAGACCGGAGAGGACCCUUAGGAGAAAUUACAGCGCAGUUUAAUGAAAACAGAGCAACAUCUGUGUCUCAGAAGACUGUCAAACGUAGACUUCUAGAAAAUGGUUUCACUAGAGGUGUGUAUAAGAAAAAAGUUGUGAUUAAAAAUGUAAAUUGA